UGUGCAUCACAAAUUUUAUGUAAUCAUUAAAACUAUUUACUCUAUUAUUUAAUUUAAAUCACCAUAUACGUAGUUUACGUACAAUUAAUUCCAAAGAGCCGAGGCGGGGUCGCCAUGGCGGUGGGUUCUUCUCGAAACUUAACCAGAAGAUUGAGCAAUCCCAAAUCUUGAAAUAUAUAACCGGGAAUCCAGCUGGAAUACCAGAAUUAACGAAUUAAUUAUCUCAUCAGUCCCCGACGUUGAUUAAAAGACGGCCGCCGCUCAGCGCUUUCACCACUUCUGAUUCCUCUUCCCUUCCGUCUUCUUCGCCGUCGCAGAGAAGAGAGACAGGGCAGUGCAGAACGUAUUCCCUCAUAAAAGCCAGAAGAGGAGGGGAGUUGAAGAUGCUGUGAGAUUCGCCGGAGGAUAGACGAGAAACAAUGGAGGGGGAGACUCACAUUCUGGAGAUUAACUUGAUCUCUGCUCAAGGUCUGAAGGCGCCUCCCGCUAACCUGCGCCGAUUGCAAACUUACGCCGUCGCCUGGGUCGACUCCUCCGCCAAGCUCAGAACUGGACUGGACCGCUUCGGCGGCGAAAACCCUACCUGGAACGACAAGUUCCUCUUCCAGAUCUCGCCCGAUUUCGUCUCCAGCGAAACAUCCGGAGUCUCAUUCGAGAUCUACGCCGCCGCCUGCAUCAAAGACGUUCUCGUCGGCUCUGUCCGAUUCCUCCUCAGCAGCUGCCGCGACUCGAUCAAGGAGGCCGCCGGGACUCCCGCGUGCAUUCCCGUCCAGAUACAACGCCCUUCUGGCAGAUUCCACGGCGUUCUCAACAUCGGCGCCUCUCUCUACAAAGCUACCAAGUUGGAUCGCGCGAUGAUGACUGGUGGAGUUUCAGCGAUUUCCUUCCGCGACUUGGUGGCGAGGAAAGAGACCCUGCUCCGCCGCGGCCGCCGGCUCAGCGAUUCUGGGUUUAAGAGGAGCCAGAAGUCUUCCAGUGCGUUGUCGCGCGAAUUGUCUUCUUCCUCCAGUUCGUCCAACGGUAAUGACUCGAACCACAAUUUCUCAGACAAAAACGAGUUGGCGGUGGACACCACGGCAAAGAAAGUGCUCGGCAUGGACGGCGGCGGAGGAUUGCUCUGUGGGCUGACGAUGCAGAGGAGGUUCAGUUUCUGUCCGCUGGAUCACAGCAUGCUGAGGGUUGCUGAUUGGGCUGGAUCUCUAGAGAAGAAUCCUUAAUGGACAGGUCACAACAUAGCCGAAUAGCCCAAUAGCCCAAUUACAUGAACAGUACUUGGCUGGGAAUGAGUUCAGAAACCAAAUAUUGAUUUGAGCUGACUGUUGUUAGAAUUGCACAUUUGUAUUCUUUUCUUUUUCUUAUCAAUUUUUCAGCGGGCUUGACUUUUUUUGAUUGUAAUGUAGUACUUGAGAAAAUAUGAAGUGUAGUACCCUACCUAACUACCUUGGAGAAGAAUAGUUACAGUUUAAAUCCAUAAUUGGAUAUUGGAUAUAUAUAAUUAACUAGUGGGGG